AAAAUGUUGAACUUGUUAAGUAAUAUUCUACUGUCUCUGUUAGUCUGUGAUUUUAAGUUUAUUGAAUGUGCUUGUCAUGACAAGGUAGACGUAGUUUAUCUUGUCGAUUCAUCCGGUUCAGUAGGAUCAACAAAUUUCAAUAAGGAAAAAGAAUUCAUCAACAAUUCCCUUUCACAAUUCGUUAUUGGAUAUAAUGAUGCCCUGGUGGGUGUUGUUACGUUUUCAACGCGUCCAUAUGAACAGUUUAAACUCAACGCAUUUCUUGACAAACCUGCUUUGAAAUAUGCAAUUACAAAAAUUCCAUAUUUGGCUGGAAACACCCACACAGCUGAGGCCAUUAAUUUUGUCAAUAAUAAUAUGUUUAUACCUUCCUCCGGAGACAGACCAGAUGCACAAAACGUAUUGGUGGUUCUUACAGAUGGACACUCAGGUGAUCCUUCCAAAACACUUCAAGAGGCUAAUCGUCUAAAACAAAGGAACACUGUUAUUAUAGCUGUAGGAAUAGGGUCUGGCGUUUCAAAAUCAGAAUUAAAUGGCCUGGUGUCCGAUCCUUCAAAUGUAUUUUUUGUAAAUGACUUUAAUGCUUUGAAGCAAAUUCAUGAUGUUGUCCACUCAGUAGCAUGUAAUCUUGGACCUUGUGUGGAUGUCGAUCUCGCCUGUAGCGGAUACGGACCGAAUACAUUUGUAUGUACUACAUACAAGGGAUGGGCAACGAUCAAUUGUGCACAUUACUGUGGAUUUUGUCACGCUAACACAGCAACAACUCAUGGAGAAGACGUUACUAAGUUGGAAAACUUGUGUUCCUGUGUUGACGUUAUACCAAACUGUAACAAAUAUGGCCCAACAGUAUGUGUAGGAACUUACAAGCCAUGGGCAUCCAGAAACUGUGCAUAUUAUUGUAACUUAUGUAACGCGCUAUUCGCAGUAGUUCCAGUUGUUGGAAAGUAG